CGUCGGACAUCGCCAGGAUUACGCGUGUGUAUUUAUGGUGCGUGCGCGCGUUUCGUUUUUCAGUGCGACCGGGAUAUCGUUCGUAUAAAGAUAUAUAAAUAUUGCUGCGGAAUCGACGCGAACCCUGUGAAAAACAAUCCAUUCCGUUCGGCCACCAGUUGAUAUUUCCGUCGAACCGCGUUGAAGUAAUCGUUUUUCGUCCGCGGUCCUACCACUCCCCGAUCGUUCGUCGAUCGCGUCCACAGCAUAUCGUGUACGUCGUCCGUCGUCCGGUCCGCCACGGUAUCCGGAACCGCGGUGCGCGCCACCGAUGCUUGUCACGGCCAUCCGUGACGCUCGUAGAAGACGUCGCGUGGUCGCCGCGGCCACAGCCACCGCCGUGGACGGCUGCUGCGGCCGGGACGGUCGGACGCCGCAGCCGUCACCGCCGCAACCGCCACCACCGUCGUCGUCCCGCCGCUGAUCGCGAUGCGCGCAGCGGCGUGAUCGCUAUCGGCGGUGGUGCGGCAACGAUGUCGGGUCGUCCCUGGUGGUGGUCGCCGACCCUGGUGGUGCUUGUGCUCAUGGUAACGGCGGACGCGUGCCCGGAGGUGUGCUCGUGCAAGUGGAAGAACGGCAAGCAGAGCGUGGAGUGUAGGAACAACUCGCUGAUCACGGUGCCACAAGGCAUCGACGCGGCCACGCAGGUGCUGGACGUGUCGGGCAACAACCUGCAGAUACUGGCCGCGGACGCGUUCUACGGCGCGGGGCUGCUGAACCUGCAGCGUGUGUACAUGAGUCGGUGCCGGAUUGGGCAGAUCGAUGGCAGAGCGCUGCGCGGCCUCAGCAACGCGGUCGAGGUGGACCUUUCGCACAACAUGCUCACUGCGGUGCCGUCGACCACGUUGGCCGACGUGCCACUGCUCCGGGAUCUGUCGCUAGCCGACAACCCUAUCCAGAAAAUCGGCGCGCAUGCGUUCCGCCACUGUGCCGGUCUGGUGCGCCUGGACAUGUCCGGCUGCGAGCUGCACACCGUGGAUGCAGCCGCAUUCGCCGGCAUCGACAGAUUGGAAACGCUCAAGCUGGCCCGCAAUCGGCUGUCCGGUCUGCUGGCCGCCACGGUGCACACGCUCAACAAGGUGCACGGCGUCGAGCUGCACGACAAUCCGUGGCACUGCGACUGCGGCAUGCGCCCCGUCAAGGUGUGGCUGACCGCCAACAAUGUGCCCACGGUCGUCGAUCCAGUAUGCGCGACCGGGCCCGGCCGCGUGGCCAACCACACGUUUUCUGCGCUGGCCGCCGAUGACUUUGCGUGCCAGCCCGAUAUCCAACGGGACGACCCCACCGUCGAGGCAGCCACCGGUGACAACGCUUCCGUGUCGUGCCGCGUCCACUCCUCGCCCGCGGCUAAGGUGUCAUGGUACUGGAAUGGUCGCGCGCUCGCCAACAACACCGCGUUCGGUCCCUUUCAGCGCGUGUUCAUGACUGACGACUGGGCCACCAGUGGUGGCCAUAGUUCGCUGCUGCUCACCAACGUUCAGCCGUCCGAUUCGGGUCAGUUCUUGUGCGUGGCCGAGAACCGGGCUGGCCGUGCCGAAGCCAACUUCACGCUGAUCGUCACCCGGCUGGGUGGGCUCGGGUUCUUAGCCAACGGCCAGGUGGCCGGGCUUAGCGUUUUCCUGGUGUUCCUUAUCGUUACCAUUCUACUGGUGAUCGUCUACCUGCUGGUUCGCAUCAAAAGUCUGCCGCCCGCGUCCACCCGGUCCAACGGCAAGCCGCACCAGCUGGUCACUACGGCCACAUCGGCCAACGUCAAUGGCACCGUGGUCGUUGUGCAGGUCAAGCAGCCGGCCAUGGCUACGACCGCGACUACGGUGGUAGCUGCAUCCGCGAGCCCUGGAUCAAUGUUCGACCCGGUGCUCAUGGAACCGUCCGCGGUAACCGCAGACACCAACUGCAGGAGGCCAAAGCUGACCGAGCUAGCGUUCACCACGGACAAUUACGAGGCCGGUUUUGGCAACAGCGGUAGCGUGCUGGACGCGGGCCGGACCGUGCUGUACCGGAGCCAACCGUCCAACCCAGACCUGAUAGUGGACGCGCCGGAACAGACGUCGUCCGCUCCAGGGUCGGCUAGCGCCUCGGUCGCAGCCGCUACCGAAAACCAUCACCACCACCAGCAGCAGGCCAAACGGUCGAGCAGUGGCGAGUACAGGCGGACAGCUGAUGACUCGCUGUACUCGCCCGGCUUUUGGGCGCAGUCCGAGGUCGUGGCCAAUGACCGGACGCCCAUCGUCGAAAAGUCGCCGCCACUGCCACCACUGCCCGGUCACGUGGCCGUCGGCAGGGACGUCACGGCCACGACAACGGUCGUCGAUCCGAAAGCGGCCAGUCUCAGGGUGUGGAAACACGGAGUGCAAGUGAUGCCGCCACUUAGCGCGCUUAAGCGGGCCCUGAACAAGGGGUCGCCGGACGAAGGAUACCAGGAAGGAUGCGGCACCGAUGUGUGAUCUCAACCCGAAAUAAACCUAACCGACACUUUUUAAGUAACAUUUAUAAAACACCUUUUUAUUAUGUUCGUGAAUUAAGUUUUCAUAUUUUCUUUUUUCUUUUAAGUUGUACGUCCCUCUCAUUACAUGUUUUUAAAAUGUUCACUGUUAAACAUUUUUCCGCCGUAGAUCGUAGGACUUACCAUACAAUACGCUUAAACAGUACCGCAUUGAUAACAAUACGAUAUUCUAUCUGCGCUACAACGAAAUUAUUUCUCUGUUCGUUGAUUUACGCCUGCACAUCUCUCUGAUAGUUCGGUUUUAUUGAAACUACACGGUAGUCGAGUGUAAUUUGUAAUGCAUUAUUAGUUCAGCGCGUGUCCCGUUUCUCACUACCGCAACUGCCACCAUAACACUCUAUGAAUUAAUAAUAUUUAUGUAUGCGUAGUCCCGACCAUGUACACGACGAGCGAUGCACAUUGACAAAAUUGGCGACGUCAUUGAAAAUGUUACGGUUGUCAAGUACGUACACGAAGUACCAAUAUUUUUGAUUUUUCGCAACUCCGAAUAACUUUCGUAACCCUUCACGUCAUGUACAAAACAAUCUUUGCGCCGUUCGCAAUUUCACGUGAUCCACCAAACUUAAGUGCUAAACAAAACUGAUUAUUUGAAUUAUUCAGAUCACGUGUGCGGCAUCGAUAUUAUAAUAUCAGCAUUAGGAGAGUUCAAUUGAAUUACAACAUCACGAUCACCUAAAGUUACGAUUUUUUUGAUAAAGGUUAGUAAAAAAUACUUUCCAGUCGACGUGAAACGAUGGUGUUAGAAUAGUCAGGUGUAAUGAUUAAUUUCGCCCAGUCGUUUGAUCCGUUUAUCACAAAGCGGAACAACAGUAAAAGAAAAAAAACAACCGUUCGCCAAAACUUAAUAUUGUUUUUCCGGAACGUUUAUACGUGAAAACCCAACGAGUGGAAACCAGUGGUAUCUGCCUAUCCUUUGGGUGUUUACCCACGGCACGUUGCUUUAACGCAAUACCUUUGCGGGCGCUCGAUCGUUAAUUACUCGUAAAAACAAUAUUUACAACACAUCGCCGUGAGCGUGCAAUCUCUCGACGCCGAAAUCCGUAAAGUGGCGGGGUGACGGGUCGGUUCCGUGAGGUAUUCUUCGCGAUUCGUCCGUACUUACACGGGGGUCGUGUCGCUUGUAAUACGAUUAUUUUCUUUCGGUUAGGUCGUUUGGUCGCGCGUGCAUUACAAGAAAAAUCUGCCUUGUUCUCGAAAAACUCUCAUACCUGCCAGGGUUGACCUUCCACUCCCGAUUUCCAAAAAAUGUGCUGACCUAACCCAACCAAUACGAAUAUCGUUUGAAAUAAUUUCAUUCCGCUGCAUUCGUGUUCAGUAAUAGUCGGCGUUUUCGCCCGUUCCGUCGAUCUCUAGUAUACUGUAUGCUCACGGCACUGCCUAAGGCUGCCACGUUUCAACGUCCAAACGCCUCGGUGCGAAUAUCAAAACGUCCGGUCGUAGUCCACCGUCGCGUCACCGUUCGACCGGUCGACAUCCUGUUGGAAUAAUACAAAAAUUAGAUUAAAAAAAAAAAAAAAA